AUGGACUCUAUCAGUUCAGCAUCGAAGCAUGUGUCCCAGUACUUCGACUUCGAGCCCUCUUUGCACAAGUGGAAGCAGAGAGGUCUGGACAACAUACACCGUGUCAGGCAGACUGGGCGCAACGUCAGGUACCCAAGGUUCAUACACAACACCUGGAACUCCCUGACUUCCUACACCGACGAGCUGCGCGCGCCAGACAAUGACGCCAAGGCGCGUUCACAGGGCCAGAACAAAGUGACCCGCCCCGCGCGGUCCCGCGCGCCCAAGAAAAACAGGUACAGCGAGUCCACGAUCUCGCUGACCUCAGACGCCAACACGCUGGUGAACUCCAACGCCUCGACUACCUCGUUCUCGAGGUUCCGGGCGCCUAAGCCCGCCACGACGUCUAACUCCUUCGGCUCGGUGGGGUCUGGCGGCUCCAGCCCCAACGAUUACUCCUCUACCACGUCGCUGUCCUCGGCGGCUACACCUGUCCCUGAGGAGUUGCUGGAGUACGUCGAGAAGCCCGUCUACACUCUCACGUUCAAGGACGACGACGUGGUAGUCAAGGAGGAAGAGAUCAUCGAGGAACUGGACAUCAAGACCUACAUCAACACUUACAACUACGAAAACGCCUUCGAGUUCGGGAAAGUGAGACACUUGCACUACUACGAGCUGCCUUUCCCCUGGAGAGAGAACAGGUGCAUCAUCAACGGCUACAGGUUCUACAACUCCCACAAGAAGUCCUUGCUCUCUAUCGUAAACUGGUACGGAUGGCACAACGAGACGUCCAACAUCUGGACGCACUUGCUCGGUGGGCUAUACAUCCUGUACCUCAUGUUCUACCAAUUCCCUUCUUCAGAAGUGUUCAUGUCCGAGCAGGUCCCCAAAGCCGCAAAACUGAUCACAUACGUGUUCUUGAUCGCUGCUGCCAAGUGCCUGUUCAGCUCUGUCUUCUGGCACACUUUUAACGGGACCUCCUUGCUGCGUCUGCGUUGCAAGUUCGCCUGCGUUGAUUACAGCGGUAUCUCCAUUCUGAUCACCGCGUCCAUCCUGACCACCGAAUUCGUCACUAUGUACCAGUGCCCUUGGGCAAUGGUCUCCUACAUGGCUCUCUCUACAGCACUGGGUAUCUUCGGUGUGUUCAUGAACUGGUCGCCAAAGUUUGACAGACCAGAGGCAAGACCUCUGAGAAUCAAAUUCUUCAUCUUGCUAGCAAGCAUGGGUAUCCUGUCCUUCCUACACUUGACCUUCAUCACAAGCUUGUCACACUCCACUUGGCUGCUAUCCCCAAUCACCAAGAAAUCUGUGGUGUGGUACCUGGUGGGCGUCGUCUUCUAUGGCUCUUUCAUCCCAGAGAGAUGGAGAACCGACAUCCAAUAUGACCACACAAUCCCAACAAGCCACGAACUAUCCACCAACGUAGACAUCAUCAACAAGGAGAAACACAUCCAUUUCAGAGAAACUCCAACACCACACGAAAUGUGCAAGCACCACGAACACCACCACAGGUCUUUCAAGUCCCUAUGGUGGGUCGACUACGUAGGUUGCUCCCACACUUUGUGGCACUUCUUCGUUGUCCUGGGUGUCAUCGGACACUACAGAGCCAUCCUAGAUAUCCUGACAAAGAAAUGGAUCCUUUCUGGCUCCCCACUCUAA